CAUAAGAAAAGGUUAACAUGGCCGACAACUAUUUCAUGAGCUUUUUGGCUUUAUUUGAAAAGUGAAGUGUGUUUGGGGAAGGAGAUGGUUAGGAAAAUAGAUGCUCCCGUGUUUGACUUACCAAGGAAAUGGAGAUCAGAGGAAAGCCUGGAGCACUUCCUGGCUUCCACGGGUUCCUUUCCAGGAAGCUUUUGCUUUACCUGGGGAAACCCCAAGCUCUACAGUGAGAAAGUUGUAAAUUAGCCUUUAGGAGACGCUGUUUGUCAAAGUUAUCUUAACCCUGGAAAAGGGGAGGGAAAAAGGCAGAUAAGCAAUGAUGACAUCAGCAGGAAAUUAAUAUCAGGCUACCCAGUCCUGAAGAUCCAGUUUUCACUUAACGAUCAGCAAAUCUUGAAGUCUCUUCCCAAGCAAAUGGGAGCUUCCUUGGACCUUGGAGCACACAGAGGAUUCUACUUUCUUUAAAACUUUGUUUUCAGGCAAUUUCCCUGAGAAUCGUUUACCUCCAGAGGAUUGGUGGAGCUUGAUCUGAAGGCUGGCCAUGAAAUCUCAAGGUUCCAGUUCAGAUAAAAACUGUAAAGUGAGCUUUCGUAAGAAGCUUCUGAUUAUUGAUUCAGACUUGGGGGUCGAAGAUGUGGAGCGCCUCAAGUUUCUCUGCAUAGGACUGGUUCCCAACAAGAAGCUGGAGAAAUCCAGCUCGGCCUCAGAUGUUUUUGAACAUCUCUUGGCCGAGGAUCUGCUGAGUGAGGGAGACUCUUUCUUCCUGGCGGAACUCCUAUAUAUCAUAGGGCAGAAGAAGCUGCUGCAGUACCUCAACUAUACCGAAGAGAAAGUGGAGCAAUUGUUACCUAUCCAAGGAAAGGUCUCUCUAUUUAGAAACCUGCUCUACGAACUGUCACAAGGCAUUGACUCAGAGGACUUAAAGAACAUGAUCUUCCUUCUGAACGACUCUCUUCCCAAAACCGAAAUGACCUCCCUAAGUUUCCUGGCACUUCUAGAGAAACAAGAUAAAAUAGAUGAAGAUAAUCUGACAUGCUUGGAGGACCUCUGCAAAAUGAUUGUACCUAAACUUUUGAGAAACAUACAGAAAUACAAAAGAGAGAAAGCUGCCCAGAUAGUGACACCUCCUGUAGACAAGGAAGCCGAGUCAUUGUAUCAAGGAGAGGAAGAACUAGUUUCCCAAACAGACAUUAAAACAUUCUUGGAAGCCUUACCGGAGGAGUCCUGGCAAGGUAAGCAUGCAAGGAGUAAUGGUAACAGAGCCACAGAUGGUGCACCAAGCCUGGUCUCCAGGGGGUUGCAAGGAGCAUCUGCUAACACUCUAAACUCUGAAACCAGCACAAAGGUCUGGAUGAAUCGGAACCACAGAGGCCUCUGUAAAAAAAAAAAAAAAAAAAAAUUUAUCUCCCUGCGGGACAGACGAGAAAAAAAAAAAAAUAAAAAAAUCCUGACGGGUGUGUUCCAGUGGCAAAAAAAAAAAAAGAAAAAAAACAAUGAUGUGACGAAAGGGGAAAUAAAAAAAAAAAAACAAAAAAAGAAGUGCAAUCCAGCCCAUGCCGACAAAAAAAAAAAAAUAAAAAAAAUUCUGACCCAUGGGGAAGAUGGAGAAAAAAAAAAAAAGAAAAAAACCCUCAUUCCCAUUCGGGAAAUCAUAAAAAAAAAAAAAGAAAAAAAGUGCCCUGGACUGGCUGAAAAACCUAAAAAAAAAAAAAUAAAAAAAUGCCAAGGUGAAAAGAUACAGCUUUCCAAAUCCAUCGAAGCAGAUGCUCUGAACCCUGAGCAGGCACCCACUUCCCUGCAGGACAGUAUUCCUGUCGAGGCUGACUUCCUACUUGGAAUUGAAAGUACAGCUGCCCAUAAAAAAGUUAUGCCAGUGUCCAGACUCUUCAGGUCCCUGCGUGUGACAAAUCACUCAAUGAGAGUUCCCCUUUUAUUUCUCUUUGUGCUCAGUAGGAUGUUGAAAUUUCUGGAAGAGACAAUGGAAAUCAGGGGCAGGAAGAGAACAGUGUGGGGUGCUAAACAGACUCAGAUCUCAGCAACCUUCCUGCCCACUGCCAUCUCUGCACAGACACCUCGACCCCCACGCACAGGUGGAGCAGCAUUUCCUAGUUCUUUCCAGAGGCUUCCUUUUGCCUGCCCUCCAGCCACAUCGCCUGAGAUUGACAACGCCCUACAGCAAGACGGAAACUUCCCUUCACAGCACCACCUUGUGAUUCUGGAGCAACAAAGUUGAGACUUCUGAAUUUAGCACUCUUCUGCUCCCCUACUGUUUCACGUAUAC